AAUGUGAUGAAGAUGAAUUGGUAAUUUUUCAUGUUGACCUGAGAAUCAUUUUACGUUUUUAGAUAAGAAUUUGUGUUAGGUAACAUGUACCUAAUGCAAUUUAGCCGAUUUCCGAAAGGAAGGUGUUAAGCAGUGUUUUUAUAGAGUGAAGGCACGAACGAGGCUUUAGCUGAAGCAUUGCGGCAUGUACCUAUUUUUCUGAUUUUUCUGCUGUGCCCAGCCCAAAUUGCGACAUUGUCCACUGUGACUCAAAAAUAGUAACCAACUCCAAGUCAUAUACAAGAAGCCCCUUCCCUCCCUCCUCCCCGUUUCUCACUUCUAUUCUCAUGACUAUUACUCUUGAUGAACAUCCUCUUCUUUAGGGUAUCUAGGCGACAUCUAUUUGAUAUUCGUGCGACUAGAUACUUACCACAAAGAGGUUUCGCGACACACCCCACCAUGGCCUCCAAUAUACGCAUUCAUAACUCCCUAAAGCCGGGAGCGCCAGUCCCUUUCGUUCCAAUUGAGAAAGGAAAAAUCUCUUGGUAUGCCUGCGGUCCGACUGUUUACGACCAGAGCCAUCUAGGUCACGCACGUAAUUAUGUCUCGACCGAUAUUAUACGGCGUAUUCUACUCCACUACUUUGGAUUCGACGUCAAGUUUGUUAUGAACUUCACGGACGUAGACGAUAAGAUUAUAAUAAAAGCCCGAAGACAGCGAUUGCUUGACCUCGAAAAACAAAAGAACUACACAGACGCCGAAACUAUAGAAUUAGCAAAAGCUGCAUUCCGAGAGUAUGCAAAAAAAAACCUUCCAAAACUUCUCGAAGGCGAGGGCGAGCUUGACCUCAAUAAUUACAUUCCGCGAAGAGACGCUGCCUACGGAAAUGUGUUAGCGGGGGGUACUCUGACAGGGGAAAGCAAGCCAGGAGACGCUGAGGCAAAGCUGAAGAUGCACAUAAGUAAUAUGACCACCGCGGUCAUCGCUAUCAGUGGUAACCAGGUAUUCGGGGGUGCCGACGAGAUCUUACUGCCGUAUCUGGAUUCUCUGUACAAGGAGACUAUUGAUACGAGUGAUCAAUCAAUCUUCACCGAUCUAACAAGAUUUAUGGAGGGGGAAUUCACCGAUGAUAUGGAUGCUCUCAACGUUCUCCGACCCGACGUAGUGACACGAGUUACCGAAUACGUACCCCAAAUCGCAAAAUUCGUCGAGAAGAUUGUCGAAAAGGGCUUCGCCUAUGAAGCUGAGGGUUCUGUCUACUUCGAUAUUGCAGCGUUCGAGAAGGCGGGCAAUACGUAUGCACGACUGCGACCGGACAGCCGUAAUGACAAGGCGCUACAAGAGGAAGGAGAGGGUUCCUUAUCCAAGAGCCUUGGUGGGAAAAGAGGUACAGGAGAUUUUGCGUUGUGGAAGAAGUCCAAACCGGGCGAGCCGUAUUGGCCAAGCAAAUGGGGCAAUGGACGACCAGGAUGGCAUAUUGAAUGCUCAGUAAUGGCAUCUGACGUUCUAGGGUCGCGUAUGGACCUUCAUAGCGGUGGGAUCGAUCUGGCGUUCCCGCAUCACGACAAUGAAUUGGCCCAAAGCGAGGCAUUCUUCUGCGAGCACGGCCAUGAGCAUACCUGGGUUAAUUACUUCUUGCAUAUGGGCCACUUGUCCAUAUCCGGUUCGAAAAUGUCCAAAUCCCUCAAGAAUUUCCAAACAAUCAAAGAUGCACUAGCAUCUACAUAUACGGCGCGGUCAAUGCGCAUAGUAUUCUUACUCGGCCGAUGGAAUGACGGCGUGGAAAUAUCUCCGGACAUGAGAACUCAGGCUGAUAGCUGGGAAAGCCUGGUUAACAACUUCUUCACGAACACAAAAUCACUUCUAGCCGAGGCAGCAGACACAUCGACUAUUGUGGAUGGUGGUGUGAAGGCGCUCUCAAUUGGCGAUGAUAAACCCCAAGAAGGCUUGCGAGCCGAUUUAGAACAAGCCAAGAAAGAUGUUGAAGAAGCCUUUACCAACUCUUUCGACACUCCACAAGUCCUACGAGCGAUAGCCGAAGUUAUCAGAAAAGCCAACGUUCAUAUCAACGCUGAAAAGUCCAAUGUGGACCUUCCGGCAGUUGAGGCAAUUGCAAGAUGGGUUACCAAGAUAGUUGGUAUUCUUGGUCUCGAUGCAAACGCGACCCCUCCCUAUGAAGGUCUCGGCUGGGUUUCUGCGGCCGCCGCAGCCAACCAAGAUCCGACUAUCACCGUGAAACCAUAUAAAGAUGUAUAUGAUAUCUUCUACUCUGAUGUGCAGGCUCUUAGCCUUCCUGAUUCUGAAACCAUCACUAAACUUUUCUCUCAAUUGCCCGAUCCCGAAUUCGAAUCAUUAGCCAGCGCUGGGAUCAGAGACCCGGAGCAAUUAGCAUUGCCGUAUUUACGAGCUGUGGCAAGGAUACGUGAUGAGCUCCGACGUUUGGCACCAACAGCAUCGCCCGAAGUGAAGAAGUCAAUCCUGAGCCUGUGCGAUCGGGUGCGAGAUUUUGAUCUGACCAACAUAGGAGUUUAUCUAGAUGAUCGGCCAGACCAGCCAUCGCUAAUCAAAUUCGUUCCCGCAGUUGAAUUGAUUGCAGCAAGAGAAGAGAAAGCUGCUAAGGAAGCAGAGAAAGCGCGCGCGAAGGAAGAAGCAAGACUAGCUAGAGAAAAAGCUGAGGCAGAGAAGUGGGAAAAGGCAAAGGUGGCACCAGAGGAUAUGUUUAGGAGUGAUGACCGGUAUAGCGAAUGGGACGCUGAAGGGUUACCUACGAAGAUGAAAGACGGCAGCGAAGUCACUAAAAGUCAACUGAAAAAGUUGAAGAAGGAUUGGGAUAGGCAAAAGAAGGCGCAUAGCGAAUACAAGGCUAAAUUUGGGGAGGGUAAAGCAUAAAGUGAUGAGCGAUCUAUUUAGACAAAAGGAGUCAAAAGAUACCGGUUUCGAGUUGAAUUGGUGUUUCGUAAGAUAUUCUUCUUUUCUUACAAUGGGAAAGGCCUAACGGAUUAUGUACCUACCUACCUACUUAGGUUAUGUAUCCCAAACUUGCUCACUGGUAAUGGCUACCAGCUUUUACAGCUUGAUGAUGUUAC